GGUUAAAGAUUUAUUUGAAUGGUAAGUUUAAAUAAAUCAUAAAUUCAUGUCUACAUGCUCAAGCUAUUUCCAAAAAUUAUUUGAGUACACUUACACUUGAUUGACGGGAAAUGUAGGUACUGGUACUCUCUUGGUAAGCCUUCGUGUUUGAUAGAAUGGGUACACAUUUUGAACUGAAGGGGCUACAUUACUAUUCUCAAAUGAUGAUUUUGUGUUUGUAAUUUUUUGGUGGAUUACUGCUGUUUUCUUCAUACUUGAAUCAAUGAAAACAUGUGAUGAUGAUUCUUUGAUGUGUGCAGAGUUUGUUCAUGGUGUGAGGUAAGACGAUUUCUUGGAUUUAAUAUAAUUUUGGAUCAUCUUGUUUGGUUUUUCAUAACAUUGCUUGAUAAUUAAUAUUUGCAAGUUGUAAUUAUCUUUCACUUUUUUGUUCAAAGCAUUGAUAUUAAUUUAUUAUCGGCUAUUGACUAGGAGUUAAUAAUUAUAUGUUACGUUGAUACUGUAAUGACUUGUAACAGAAUUGAUUACGUUCAUUAUGAAUUGAAAGUGGAUUAAGUAAAGAGUUGGUAGUAUGUUUCAGUACAAUUUUAGUUAGGAAUUCAAAACUUUAAGAUGUAAAUUUUAUGCUCUUAAGUUUGUUUUUUGCAGAGAUUUACAAAUUUUAAUCUCACACAAAUGAUCAGUAUGGCUGAGCGCAGCAUUGCCAAAUGAAGGAAGUGCACAUUAUGUUGAAGGAGCACUACACAAACCAAGUUGCAAUUAUGCUUAAAAACGAUUAAGCACGAAAGCCCAUUGUGUUAAAACAGUACAUAAUAAACAAGAAACAUUUCAACACAGAAAGAAUAAUCAUACCAAUGAUUCAAAGUGAAUGAUUGUUGUAUAAAACUAUGGAAGCAUGAACUAUGGUGACCAAUUCUCACAAAAUUAAUCUUGGUUUUUGUAUUGGCAGUGGGUAUAAAGAAAGAGAAAUAUAAAAGCUCAAAGUAAAUUAAUGACAAAACUUUAUAUAAAUUAUAUGAAAUGAGUUUAUUUUGUUAUAAGAAUUACAAAAAGGCUAAACAAUUCUCAAGUAAAUCUAUAAUCACAAGUGGCGCAAACGACUGAAUGGACUAAUGCAGGAAACUGAAAUGUCAAGGUGAGACAGUGUUUUUGUCUUAACCAAAUCAAACUUUACAAAACAAGAAGAAGCCAAGGACAAACAAGGAGAUAACUGAAUCAAGCAAUGUUGAGCAUUACUGCUGCUUGGAUGAAUGACCUCUGAGCGAUCCUGUCCUUACAUGUAGUCCGCCUACUGGGCCAUUGGUGGUGGUUGUGAAGUCACCUCAAGCUGUUGGUUUGCAAGUUAUCAGUUAGAGAGGGCUUAUUAGCUCUAACUUCUAGUAAAAUAUUUUUUUUUAAUUUUUUGUGAGAAGAGAAGAAAACCAAAUAUUAAAGGAAUUUAUGUUUCCAUCAAAUGUAAUGUAUUGGUUGGAAUAAAUGUUAGAUAAUUUUAACUGUACUAUCUAAAGAAAAUACCAAAUAAAACUGAAUAAUUGUCCUAAAACUGUCAAUAACAGUUGCAGAUAGCAUAAUGGAAAAUCUUUCUAUCUUAUUGAAUGAUUGGUGACUUGAUACUAGAGAAAUUAUAGCGAAAAGAUAGAUUUGUGCAUAGUUUAACUUUUCAAACAUUAUUGCAAGCACAUCUUUACUUAUUUUUAGCUAUGUUAUUUUUUUAUUUGAGGAAAUUGUCUAGAUUGUGUGAUAAAGUGAAUAGUAUGAUUCAUUUUGUUAAGGGUGUAUUCAUUAUGUCUUAUUUAACUCAAUUUUAUUUGUGUAAAUUGUAUUUGGUUUAACAAUUAUUUCCUGUACUGGGUGGGUUUUGUAAAUGAAGUAAAGGUAUCAAAAUUUCUGUUUUAUAAUUUAGUGUAACUUUCUCUACGCAUUUUUCACUAAGAUGGUGUCAGAGGUUAAAGAUACGGUUGGAUGUGGAACUUCAAGUAACAGCGUUAUAAGAACUUUUGCAAUGUCCGUUUACUGUAUGUGGAAAGAAUUUGUGCAAAUAUUCUACUUCAUAAUAUUGAAUUGUGCUGUCACAGGCAAUGGAAACCAGACUGAAUCAAAUCAAUGAUUUCCACUGCUUUUGUAUCCAGAGUGUUUUAGUUUUCAUUCCAGUAUUCACUUGAUGGAAAAGUCUGCAGCUUGUCAGAGUCUUGCUUUUUGGGUGGCUCGUCUGUGGUCGCUUCACUUCAGAAGGUUUUUGAACUGCAAGGCCCACAUUUGUGACUGUUCCAAGCUACACAAAUUACUAAAGCGACUGUGGAAAAAUAUUUAUGGAUCACUUAGAGUACUAUGGACUACUACGAGCCGAGAGAUGAUUUGGACGAGCCGCCUUUGGCGCAGUCUGAACCAAGUCCCAUCCAGCAAGUCUACCAAGGGGCCCACAUAUUCAUUACAGGAGCUUCUGGCUUCAUGGGCAAAAUACUAAUGGAGAAACUGUUGAGAACGUGCAAUGUUGCUCAAAUUUACAUUUUAGUGAGGGACAAGAAAGGUGUGAAAUCACAAGAAAGGCUUGCAUCCAUAUUUGAUGAUAAAGUUUUUGAACUGCUGAAAGUAGAAAAGCCUGGUGAAAUAAGAAAGGUGAAAAUAAUUCCGGGAGACUGCAGUCUACCUGAUCUGGGACUGUCUGAGGAACACAAAGCUCUGUUAUCUCAUGUUAACUUUGUCUUCCAUGUGGCUGCUACUCUAGCCAUGGACCAGCAUUUACGGGUCGCUUUCGUCACUAAUGUUUUGGGUACAAAGUUUCUUCUGGAGUUUGUGAGGACUCUGCCUUAUCUUAAAGCAUUUAUGUACAUAUCAACCGCAUAUACACAUGCCUAUCGUGACUUGGUGGAAGAAACCUUUUAUGAUGUAGUAUUUGAUGAGGAAGAAGUGGGACAAAUCUGUAACCAAUUGGAUGAUGAGCAGAUUGGGGCAUUAACACCUAAAUUAAUAGGAAAAUGGGGUAACACGUAUGCAUUAACAAAAGCGUUUGCUGAAAAUCUCAUUUCAAAAUAUGAUAAAAUUAUUCCAAUAGGUGUAGUUCGCCCAUCUAUAGUUGUGUCUGUGUGGGGCGAUACACCAUUGAGGGGUUGGAUCAAUAACAUAUAUGGGGCCAUAGGAGUGGUGGCAGGGACUGCCGUAGGGUUGCUGCGACUGUGGUGCGCGGACCCUCAAAUGGUGGCUGACAUGGUACCAGUCGACAUAGCCAUCAACGUGACCUUGGCUGCUGCUUGGGAAGUUGCCACCAAAAAUACUAACCUAAAAAUUUACCAUUCAGUGUCAUCAAAGAAUCCUAUUACUUAUGAUAUUCUGCGGACAGCAAACUUUGGGCACGGUGACUCUGAAAGAAUGGAGACUACCAAAUGCAUAGCAGUUCAAUGGUUUUUCCUAGUCAAGAAUAAAACUAUGUUCUGUUUAUAUUCUAUCUGGUAUCAUGUCAUUCCUGCCUUCUUCAUCGACAUCUUCCUCCAACUCACUGGCAAGAAACCUCAACUGAUGAAAAUAUAUGCCAAGGUGUAUAAUGUCAACAAAUCUCUGAUGCCAUACUGUGUCGAGAAGAACAUUUUAUUCACCUCAAACAAUGUUGAUGAAAUGUGGGAUUCUUUGGAUCCUGUUGACAAGAGAUUAUUUUUCUUUGACUUGGCUUCCAUGGAUUGGCAAGAGUUUUGGUUGUAUGCGCUAAAAGGAAUUAGAGUCUACAUCCUGAAUGAUCCCAUGGAAACUGUACCUCAGGGGAUAAAACAUACCAGAAAGAUGUGGAUAAGGAAGAUGGUAUUCGAUUCAGUCAUUUGGAUAACGUUUAGUUACUUGGCAUAUAUUAUCUUUAGAAAUAUAUUCUGAUAAUUUUUGUAAAUAAAUUUGUUUUAAAAUGA